CUUCCGCACUUCAAUAAUACGACGACGCUUUGAUUUGUAUUCAAACGACAGCGUUUCUUGAGUUGGCUGGGUAGCCUUUUACUCGUAUCAGUCGUGUGAGUCGUAAUCCCUUUUCUCUUUAACUGAAACGAAGAAAGAUUCGCUUCUCAGGCGAAGAAUUCAACUUCUCGGAAAUGGCAGUGUCUGGGAAUCUGAGGAUCUCUGCGAGCUUAGUAUCUCCUUAUCAUAACCAUCCUAAACGCCUCUCGUUACCUUCUUCCAAGGUUGAUUUCACGGGCUUCAUAAGCAAUGGCGGAAACAGUUUGGAAACCCAGAAAUGUCCUGGAGUGUCGAUCAGCCGCGAGAACACACGUGGUCAGACAAAGGUAUUUGCAAGGAACACAGGAGACUACGAACUAUCACCAAGCCCAGCCGAGCAAGAGAUAGAGAGCUUUCUCUUGAAUGCAAUCAACAUGAGUUUCUUUGACCGGUUAAACAUAGCGUGGAAGAUAAUUUUCCCAUCUCACGCGUCGAGAAGAAGCUCCAACGCAAGAAUCGCAAAGCAGAGGCUCAAGAUGAUCCUCUUCUCAGACAGGUGUGCGGUCAGCGACGACGCUAAAAGGAAAAUAGUCAACAACAUUAUCCACGCACUGUCGGAUUUUGUGGAGAUAGAAUCAGAGGAAAAAGUUGAGCUGAAUGUCUCCACGGACGGUGACCUCGGGACCAUUUACUCGGUGACGGUGCCUGUUAGGAGGGUGAAACCAGAGUACCAAGACGUGGACGAGGCUGGAUCAAUAACCAACGUGGAAUACAAAGAUACGCUUGAUGGCUCUGUGGAUGUCAGGUUCGAUUUUUAUGUUCCAGAGUGAUUAAGAAGGCAUGGUCUUUAGAGUUGUUUCUUGGAACAGUGACUUUGUCUGUUUGUUUUUUUUCGUGUUGCUGUUCUUGGAGUUUAGUAUGGAGGGAACAAAGACUGUUUCUUGACACUGCCCAUUGUAUAUAUAUAUGCAACUUCUCUCUUCAAAGUUUGUUAACUAUGUUUUUGGCCUA